UGCGCACCCGGCUGCCCUUUAUGGUAACGGUGCAGAGGCAGGAAGCUGAGCAUGGGGAGGAAACAGCAGCACCCAACCACACAUCACGUGGCAUCGCUGCAGACGGGGCGCUGGGGAACAGCGAGUGACAGAGGGGCAGCACAGACGGAUGCUCUGGGCUGCAGGAUGGAGGAGGCGGUGGUGAAGCAGGGCGUGCUGCACCUGCAGCUGCAGCAGACCUUCGGCAAGAAAUGGAAGAAGUAUUGGGGCGUUCUGUACCGCGAAACCCCCCGCUCCACCGCCCGCCUGGAGCUCUUCGAAAGCGCCCACAAACCGCGCAAAGGCGAAAGCAGCCGGCGCCUGGUGAAGCUGAGCGACUGCGUGCACGUGGCCGAGGCGGGCGGCGAGGCGGGCUGCCCCAAAGCCACGGCCCCGUUCCUGCUGGAGACCACCGAGAAGCGCUACCUGAUGGCGGCCGAGGGCGGCGAGGCGGAGGGGUGGGUGAGGAGGCUGUGCCAGCUGGCGUUCCCGAGGAGCCAGGAGGAAGAGGCAGUGGGGAAGGACAGAGAGCUGAGCUCCGACAGCGAAUUCUCCAUGGCUGAAAAUUCCCUGUACAGCUCCCACAAAGGCGUGGAGCACGACUUCGAGGUGACGCUGAGGGCCACCGAGUCGUCGGAGCGCUGCCGCCUGCGGGGCCGCUUUGUGCUGCGGGCAGGCGAGGAAGCCUUGGAGCUGCGGGACGUGAAGAGCAGGGAUGUCCUUUACAGCUGGCCCUACCGCUUCCUGCGGCGCUUCGGGAGGGACAAGGUGACUUUCUCCUUUGAGGCCGGCCGGCGUUGCGCCUCCGGCGAAGGGAACUUCGAGUUUGAGACCAGACAAGGCAACGAGAUCUUCCAGGUGAUCGAAUCGGCCAUCGCCGUGCAACGGGAACGGGGCGGCCCUGGGGACGAGGGCACACGGCCUCGCCAACCCACCCAGCUCCCCGACAGGGCUCAGGAGCACGAGGAGCACCGCGCGAAGAGCGUCUACACCGAACCCCGCGGCCCUCUGAUCCACACCGCCCCGUCGGCCGGGCCCAAAGCUCCGGAGAAAGGCUUGAGGAAGGAUGCUGUGGGUGAAUUGGAGUACGCCGUUCCCUUCGAUACCAUCGCCAAGUCGCUGAUGGUUGGAAAAUUCGGGAGCAUCCUGCAGGGCCCCGCCGAUGCUCCGGAUCCGCUGUAUGACAGCAUACAAGAGGCCAGCAGCCAUCCGCCGUUGCCUCGUCCCCGCGCCAAACCGGAGCACAUCUACGAUGAGCCUGAGGGUGCGUGCGCCCACACUGUCUACGAUGAGCCCCAGGAGGUGAAGGGCGAAGCGUGGAGGCUGCAGGCUGCCCCCGAGGAGCCUUCGGGGCACAAAUAUCCCUACAACCCACAGCGGGACGACUACGCCAUGCCCAAGAGAGCCGUCCCGCUGCGGCAGGGCAAGGAGUGGCUCGGGGACACCGAGUACGACAACGUGGUCUUUCAGUUGGCCAAGAAGAGGAACAAGCAGUGAGAGAGCGCGGGGUGCUCGGCCCCAUCGCCAGCGGUGCACAUCUGGACAGCUGCGGCCGCUGGAGGGCACUGCGCGCCCGCGCUGUGGGGUCGGCACCGCCGGACUCGGAGCGGGGCACGGUGCGCUCCAGAGCCCGGCUGAGCGUGGACCCAAAGAGUGCGUGCCCCACAGCAUAGGGGCGGAGUAAGGAAGCACGGAGCCAGGGGUGCGCGUACCUCAAAGAGCUGGGGGGGUGGUGAACGUCCCAGGGGUGCACAGCCUGCACCGUAAGGGCUGGAUGCCGAUGGACAUCCUAGGGAGGCGCAUCCCUCACUCUAAGAGCCGGGUAGCGGUGAACAUUGCAGGGAUGCACAUCCCACACCGUGAGGGCUGGAUGCUGAGGCACAUCCCAGGGGUGCACAUCCCUCACUCUAAGAGCUGGGUGCUGUUGGACAUCCCAGGGAUGCACAGCCUGCACCAUAAAGUGUGGAUGCUGAUGGACAUCCCAGGGAUGCACAUCCCACACCAUAAGGGCUGGACGCUGAUGGACAUCCCAGGGAUGCACAUCCCACACCAUAAGGGCUGGAUGCCUGACGCACAUCCCUCCCUCUAAGAGCUGGGUGCUGUUGAACGUCCCAAGGCUGCACAUCCUGCACCAUAAGGACCAGCUGGCAGAGCACGGCCUCAAGCACUCGCACCCCGCGCCGCAGAGGCCGCGAUGCACAGCCCUGGCGCUGCACGUUGCACGUUGCACGGCACAAGGGCCGGCUUGCAGGCUGUGCAGGCUGCAGGGAUGCA